AAUUCUGAAGCCGAGAGUAGCAAUUCCCAGAAACGCCACAGCGACAGCCAAGUAGUCAUUGACGAUCCAGCACACGUGGAUGCCGCUAUGCGCGACGGCGAAGAAGACCACAGUUGGAUGAACGAGGGCCAAGACUCGGAUGAUGAGUAUGAGGAGCUGCUCGGCACGGUGAAUAAGCUCAAGCGUCGGCAGCUCAAUGGAAAGAUCACCGAGGCGCAGAGGGUUGACUUGUAUAAGUUGCAGAAGCAUCUUACGCUGAAGCAACGCUUGCGGGAUAUGGCCAAGGCAAAGGAUGAUGAAGAGGAGAGCUUGUUUGUGCCGGAGACGCGGGAGGAUGUUGUGAGGCGCCAUUCGAUGGGCAAGCCCGCAUUUCCGGGUGCUACUCAAGAUCAGCCCGAGGAUGAAGAUGCCGGGUUUAUGGCGAUGAUGCAGCAGGAGAUUGAUGGGACUGGACUCGAUGGUGUUCCCAGUGAGAAGGAACUCAACAAGCGUAAGAAGCCUCGCAAGAAAGCUGCGAAGAACGCCCGCGAGUUCUACGAGCGGGAGAGAGAAGUCAAGGAGCGCAAGAAGCAGAAGAAGGAAAAGGGCCGUCAGCCCGCUGCCAAAGCUCAUGCUGGUGGAAAGACGGCUGCCAAAGGAGGCAAAGCUUCGAAGAAAGGCAACGAGAGCGUGAAGGUUAACAAGGGAAUGGUCAAGAACAACGAAUCCCUCCUUCGUUCUCAGGGAUACAAUCGCACUGAUGGAAUGGACGACGUGGCACAGAUGAUCAUCCAGGACUUGAUCAACCACGACCCCAUCACCGACCGCAUUACGGAUCCCAUCUUCGAUGUUAGCCCGGAAGAAGAAAUCUCUGGCGCCAACAACAAGGCUACGCAGCUGCAACGCCUUUUCGCCAAUAUCCCGCAAGGCUCCAACACUUCUAAAGCGAAGAGCGACAAAGCACAGCUCCUACAAGCUUCGCGAAGUUUCGGAUACGCGAAAGUCCGCGCUGUGGAUGGCAAGUGGCUUGUCAAGGGCAUGAAGAGCACGCUCUACCACCAUCAGCUCCUUGGAGCCAACUGGAUGCUCCAACGCGAACUGAAUGGCGGGGCUCCAUUCGGGGGCCUGCUCGCCGACAGCAUGGGGCUCGGCAAGACGGUCCAGACGCUGGCCUGCAUGGUGGGCAACCCGGCCCAGGAAGACGAUAGAAAACGCGGCAUCAGCAGCCGAGCUACGCUGAUCGUGGUCCCAUCGGCUGUGAUCGAUCAGUGGAUGGACGAGAUCCGCUACCAUGCCGAAGAGUCCGCCUUCCCGAAGAUCAUGCACUAUCGGGCUAAGAAUAAGAUCCCGCGGGCCGUGCUUGAGGAUCUGGAUGUCGUCGUCACUAGCUAUAACGAGGUGAUGAGACAGUUCCCAUUCCCGAACCACAAGGAUCGCGUGGAGAUUGGGAAGAUGGGAUACAACGAGUGGUGGAAGAAGGUGGUGGAGUCGCAGUUGGGCGAUCUGCAUAGUAUUCAUUGGUAUCGUGUUGUCUUGGAUGAGGCGCAGGCGAUUAAGAACAACUCGGCGAGAACAAGUCUGGCGUGCCAGGCUCUAAAAUCCGUCUAUAGAUGGUGCCUCACUGGUACACCGUUGCUGAAUCGACUCGAGGAGUUGUUUCCGUAUUUGAGAUUCCUGAAGGCGAAUUAUAGUCUGGAUUGGAAGACUUUCCAGCGCUAUUUCUGUGAUCCCGAGGCAGAGGACUGUCAUAAGCGAAUUGCUACGCUUCUCAGUUAUACGAUGAUGAGACGAACCAUGAAGACGACCAUUCUCAACCGCCCGAUAAUUACGCUCCCGCCUCCUCACCCGGAAAUCCAAUAUAUUGACUUCUCAGCUGAGGAGAGAAUCAUUUAUAGAAUCACUGAGAGCCGUUUCCGAACGAUUAUGAACCGCUGUUUUGCCCAGGGUACUGCGGUCGCCAACUAUGCUAUCUUCCUCGUGCAACUGCUUCGUCUGCGCCAAUGCACCUCGCACCCGUUCAUGUUGGAACGCACCAUCAAGGAGUCAUGGACCUCUGAAGAUGUGCAAGAACUGCGCAACCGUCUCGCAGGGCUGCAGAAGAACAAUACCCCAUUCUACGAGCAGUGUCAGCUCUGGGUUACGCAGUCCGAGGCAGAACGACGAGCUGCAAAGGAGGCCAAGGAGAGAGGUGAGAUGGUACCGGAUGCUCCUGAGAUCAUGCCUUUUGGUAGAGGCAAUUAUGGCCACAAUUUCAAGAUGGAUAAGGCGCUUGCGAGUUUGAGUGAAGAAGAGUUAUUUAAACGGGUUGUGUGUGGUGUUUGCAGCGAUAUCCCAGGGCAGCCUACACAAACUGAUUGCGGACACAUUUUCUGCAAAGAGUGCCUCCAUAGCUAUAUGCACCCCGACGACGGACCAUCGCAAGGCUCGCGCCGCUCACGCAGUAAGCGUGAGGCCGACCGCCACGCUCCCGAAAGCAAGGGUGCUGAUGCUAUGGGGUUUGAACCACAGACAGAGGGCUUCACGUGGGUUGGCAGGAGUGAUUUCGAUGAUGAUUUCCCGCUCGUGCCAAGUGCCAAGACAGCAACGCUGAAGGCGAUCUUGCUGAAGAGCUUUCAGGAUGCGCCUUCGGAUAAGGUCGUCGUAUACGUGCAAUUUCGGGUCCUGGCCCGCAUCGUUGGCCGCAUCUGCCACAACGAGAAGUGGGGCUUCCUUUACCUCACAGGCGACAGCACGCUGGAUCACCGCACCAAAGCCGUGAAACUCUUCCGCUCCAACCCCGACGUCAAGAUCCUGAUCGCAGGCCUGAAAUGUGGCGGGCUCGGGCUCAACUUCCCCUGGGCCAACCGCUGCAUCUCGCUGGACCUAUGGUGGAACCACGGCGUGGAGCAGCAGGCCUUCGGGCGCAUCUUCCGCAUCGGCCAGAAGAAGGAGACGUACAUGACGCGCGUGGUGGUGCGCAACUCGGUCGACAUGCGCCUGCUCAGCAUGCAGAUGUACAAGAUGCGCACUUGUGACCGGGCUAUGGGCGAGUCGGGCGAGCGCCCUUCGCUGGGCCUGGCCGACUUGGCGCGCCUCUUUGGCUUCCUGCGUACCGACCAGGACGAUAACAUCUUGAGCGUCGAGCCGGAUUAUGAUGACGAGGGCGAAGAGGACGUGGGCGUGCAGCUGCCAAUGGGUAAUGGGAUAGGCGAGGGCGGCGUGCGAGUGAAAGGC